UCACGGGGUCUCUUCCGCUGCUGCUGCAUGUAAACAAAGAGGAGCUAACAGAGCUAGCAUCAGCAUCAGCAGCUAACAGCUAACAGCACCAGCACCAGCGGGUCUGAUGGAGCCUCACUGAGCUGAACGGAACCAGAGGAACCAGAGGAACCAGAGGAACCAGAGUUCGGGUGGUUCGGGUUCGGGUCUGUGUGAUGGAGCUGCGCUCCGACUGAACCGGAACCAGCACCAUGUCCAUGGAAGACCCGUUCUUCGUCGUCAAAGGUGAGGUCCAGAAGGCAGUGAACGCAGCACAGAGCCUCCAUCACAGAUGGAGCGAGCUGCUGCAGGAGGGGGGCGGAGCCUCCAAGGAGGAAAUGGACUGGACGACCAAUGAGCUGAGGAACAGUCUGCGCUCCAUCGAGUGGGACCUGGAGGACCUGGACGAGACCAUCAGCAUCGUGGAGUCCAACCCAAAGAAGUUCAACCUGGACGCGGCGGAGCUGUCCACGAGGAAAGCCUUCAUCACCAGCACCAGACAGACUGUCAAGGAAAUGAAAGAGCAGAUGUCGAGUCCAACUGGUGCCUCAGUGGACCGGAAGAACAAACAGGCUCUGCUCGGUGAGCGUGGUGCUCAGGGUCCCAUCUGGCAGCCUGGUCCUGAUAAAUACAGCCGACUGGACCGCCAGCUGCAGAACGCCAACUCUCAGUUCAUAGAGGAGCAGCAGGUCCAGCAGCAGCUGAUGGCGGAGCAGCAGGAUGAACAGCUGGAGCUGGUGUCAGGAACCAUCGGAGUCCUGAAGAACAUGUCGGAGAGGAUCGGCAUGGAGCUGGAUGAACAGGCCGUGAUGUUGGAUGACUUCACUCAUGAGGUGGACAACACUCACUCUCGAUUGGACAACGUCAUGAAGAAACUGGCCAAAGUGUCUCACAUGACCAGCGAUCGUCGUCAGUGGUGCGCUAUCGGAGUGUUGCUCGCAAUCCUCUUCGUCGUCAUCCUCCUCUUCUUCAUCCUCUGAUUGAUGCCUCCUCCUGUCAGCACAGAACUCAUCUGAAAUCUGUGUCUCCUGGACUCUACUGGACUCUACUGGAC